CUGUGGAUUUUCAGUAACGAGGCUGAGGCAUCUGGAACCGACCUUCUCGUUAGCAAGCGGGCGGAUGAAAUGAACGUCAGUGUAGACGAGUACCUCUCUCGCAUCCGCGAAAACAUCCAGCUCGAACAUCUCGAGUCUAAUGAGGAUGACGCCAGAGUUGCGGCCGAGGAGGCCGAGGCCAAUCCCGCCCUCGUCCCCGCUGACGCUGACACCAUCGCUCGGGGGAAAAACGCCAUGGACAACUGGCAUGGGUAUACACCGAAGAACCUGACUUCCUCCGCUCUUGACUCCAUACUGACUACGGACUCGCUGAACAAUGCGAUCACCCGCCUACAUGUCGAGAGUUACAAGGCUUUCAGGGAUGUCCAGCGUGCCCAUCGCCACGGCCUGAUAAGUCACUACUCAGGCCUAAAGCCCCGUAUUAUCGCCGACAGCCAGCCGCAACUGACCAUAGAGUCCUCAUUAUUUGUGAAGUCCCAGUUCACCAGCUUCAUCACAGUCAACCGCGACACAGUGGAAGAUUCACCUCAUACCGUCGACAAAUGCGAGCAAACCCAUGGCGCCGAGUUUCUUUUCGGAGGUCAAGGGCCCAAAGGGAACCUCGGGUAUGGCAACGCGGCAAUUAUUGACUACUAUAACAACGACUGCACCGGCAGGACCAGUGUAGUCACAUGGCAGGCUAGAGUUGUGCAGGCGGGCGCCCGCCACGGCGAAUUAGCUGGAUUGGACAACCUGAUCAAAGAGUACGAUGAUAAAAUCAGGUUCUUCAGCAGCGAAUUAGCUGAAGGGCAAUCUCUGACCAAGGAGAAAGAAGAUAGGAUUAGGAAGCCCAAUUUUCUGCACCUCGUCUCAGCCAUCCUGUCCCUCGACUAA